AUGUCUACAAAAUCGAUGCCCAUUAUUGAGGCUUUUUAUAAUGAUACCGCGAUCGAGAACUGGACAUGCGUUAAUAUGGUUGAGUAUUAUCAUGCGAAAUCGGGAAAAAGGAAUCUGAAAAUGAUAAUGGAUUGCAUAAAAAAGGAUCUUCAAGUGGUAGCGGAUCCAAAUUCUGAAUUUGAAAUAACGCGCAAAAGAAAGGCUCGGGAGAUCCUCGACGAUUGGAAGCGCAAGCUGGGACUGCUGGUCUCCAGUGAUGAACUGCUUGUUCGACGCUUAGCGCAAGCUGGGACUGCUGUAUUAUUGUUUAUUUUGUUUUUUAAGAAAUGGUCUACGCAGAAGAAAAACCUGAAGCGUUCCAGUGGCGUGAAUAUUGAGAGUUUGCAAGACGAACAGACUAAGGAUCAACCACAACAUACUCCUCCACAUCAAAUUUUUUCGUCAGAUGGUUUCGUUCAGCAACAGAGCAGUAAUGAAAGAUCAAAUGGUCAAGAGUUUUCGGAUUCGGAUUCCACUUAUUCCAAUUUCGAUCACGAAAAAGUUAACUUACGGACAAUAGAACGAAUGCAAAAUUACGAAGUUGAUAACGAAGAUGCUUACAUAAAAAUUAUUCAAUUAUCUCAGGAGUUGGAACCUUCAAGUGAAACAAAGACGAUCCGUCAAGACAAAUGGGAUAAGGAUUUACAGCCUCUCUUAAAAAAAUAUCAAGCUCAUUUUGAGGGUAAAUCGGUGUUUGACAUAAUUUCGUUAGAUAGUGCCAUCGAGGAU